AUGAGUAGUCUAAAAGUGAAGCAGAAUCAGCUGGAGGCCCCAGCUUCGCCACCCUGGAUGGGCUGGGCUGGGCCUGAAGAAUGGGCCUCAGAUCACAAAAGCCCAUUCUUCAUAUUGAGGGCUCAAUAUUUAAGGACUUGGGCACCACUCUCUGAAAUACUCUUGUUUUUAGGGUUUAGCUCAUCCAAGUCACGGAUUAUUCAAACAAAACUGAAACUUAUAAAUAAAACUGAUCACGGAACAGCAGUACUGAGAGAAAGAACUAGUAAAAGUUCAAUUCUGCAUGAAGUUGAUCUGCCUCGACUGCUCGUUUUCCGGCGCAAACGGCGCGAAAACCGUCCCCGUCGCCGGCAUCCCAUUCCCCGGCUCCGGCCGCCGGGUCCCACCCGCUGCCAUAAUAACUCCCUCCGCCGCUGCCCGGCCCAUCGUAGGGCAGCGCGAAGCACUGCCCACCGCCCGCCGGGAAGAAAUUUUGAAACCCUCCGGCGAAAGAGGCUGCCGGAGGCGGCGCCGGCGCCGGAGGGGGGAGGAGGCCGGGGAUGGCGGGGAGUGGGGGGACCAAUCGACGACUUUGCUGGGUUGCGGGAGGCCGAGACGAUCUUGGAGGUCGUAGAGCUGAAUGGCGGUGGGGACGGAGAGGCGGAUGCGGCGGUCGCGGAGGCCGCGGAGGGUGGAGACCUUGCUGUGGCGGUCCUUGCCGCCGGAGUCGCGCGGGGCCCGCACGAUCCGAGGGUUUCGGAGGCUCGACUGCAGAGUCGAAGAAGAAGGAGACGAGUAGGUGGAGGUGGAGGAGGAGGAGGAGGGGAAUUUGUUGUUGUCGACGAAUUGAUUAAUUUGUCCGAAAGAGAAGAUGAUCGUGGUGAGCUUGCGACCACAUGGGGCGAUAUAUAUCUAUAA